AUGCUGCCAAUUGUUACACGUGGACCAGCGCGUGGUGGAGUGGAACCUGGCCUGAUUCAUCCGCUGCAGCUGAACAUUUGGCAUCAGAUGGAUGGUUUCCGGGUGAUGCUGUUGGAUGCGAAUCAUAUCCCGGAUUCUGUUAUGUUCGUAUUUGAAGGUGAACGCAUCUCGAUGGGGCGUGUACUGUUCACUGGAGAUUUCCGUGCUGAUAACCAUAAUGUUUGUCCUUUGAAGCGCAAAAUAUAUGUUGACGAUGUACGCUAUGAAAUAGCCGAGAUUCUUGGCUUGAGCGAAUAUUUUACAACUAAUCGAGAUGAUGCCAGCAUUUGGGCUUGCAACAGGAGAAAUCUUUUUUUUUUUUUUGCUUCGCUUAAAUAUAUUUGUCUAGGCUUCUGCAUAAUUUCAACCUGA